GUCAAGAACCCGCACAAACAUGCACCGUACACAAAUCUGAACCCGAACGGACGCGUGCCGGCACCAGCCGACAACUCCGACUCCUCACUAUUCAUGGUGCGGGGGUCACUGCGAUACUGCAGUAUAGUCGAGCGGUACGACAAGGAGCCGAGAUAUCUUUCGGAGGUUUGGGAGGGAGCGCUAGCGGAUCGGGAUUUUAUGUUUCCGAUGACAGAUUUCCGUUGAUCGGCUCUGCUUGAGCUGUUUUUCUCGGGCUGAUCGAAUGGAUGUAGGUUAGAGCCCUCGCUUUGGUCAAAUGGUGCGACCCAUGUACUUUCAUGGCGGGGAGAUUCCCACCGUGAUUGUGAAAUCUACGGAUGAAGUCCCUCGUGUGCUGGGUGUAUUAGAUGUUUUGCCUAAAGAUAAGGAGUAUCUUGUU